CGAGAAGGAUGUCUCCAGCCUUGAGCCUUCUUUUAUCUCUGGACAUGAUAUUUCUGGUCCAAGCUGUGGAUUUUUACAUCCCGUCAUUCAUCUCAGUGAAGCAUGGAGAACGUGUUUCUCUUAACUGCACGUUUCUGGACAACAGUAACUCAGAUCGUGCAAUUUGGUACAAACAAAGAUCUGGAGAGAUACCUCGGGAAGUUGGAGGAAGGUUUUCACACGCGGAUGCCAAAAUUUCAUCUCAGUUCAAGACGUCGGGAGUGAAAGUGGAGAGAAUUAAUAAUGGAAUUUCUAUGACGAUAUCACAUGCAAAAAAAGAUGAUGAAGGACUUUAUUUCUGUGGACUAUCGAACUGGGAGAAAGUAAAAUUUUCCAAUGGAACAUUUUUGGCUGUAACAGGUGAUGGAGAUGUAAAAGUGUCAGUGAUCCAGAGCGGCGUGUUGGACUCGGUUCCUGCAGGAGCGUCAGUGACUCUGCAGUGCUCGGUUCUCUCUGAGAGCAGAGCAGCAGAACACCAAGUGCUCUGGUUCAGAGCUGCUUCACCACAAUCCCAUCCUCAAAUCAUUUACACUCAUCACAACAGCAGCCGUCAGUGUGAGAGCGGCUCUUCUACACACACCUGUGUGUACGACUUCUCCAAGAACAUCCUCAGCAUCAAUGAUACUGGAACUUACUACUGCGGUGUGGCCGUGUGUGGGAAGAUCAUUUUUGGGAACGGGACUCGAGUACAGUUGGAAUCAGUGGAUCCUGUAGUGAUCUGCCUCACUGUCGCUUUGGGAGUGUGUGUGGUUGUGAUCUCCGUUCAAGCUGUGCUCAACUGUAAAAUGAGAAACUCAAAACAAUGCAAUGUGCGACUUCAACAAGGUUCUGUCAUCAAAGGCCAAAACCAGACUGACAAUGCAGUGGAUCUGAAUUACGCUGCCUUGCAUUUCAAUAAAGGGAAACCCAAAAGUGAAAGGAGGAAGAACAAACGUCCGCAAGACAUCAUCUACUCUGAAGUGACACGUCUCACUGUCACUGACUAACUCAUUCGAUCUCUCAUUCCUUCUCCUUCCUUGAUUCUAAAAUUUGC